AUGCCGUAUGCAACAGCUACCACGUUCUUAGUUUUAUUAAUUACCAGAGCAACAUACCUGGUCGCAGGUCAAGGCGCGCAACUAGCAAACAUCAGCCCGACGAACGGCCAAGAUGGCUUCUCCUAUUAUUGUUCUGACCAAGACUCGCCACCUCUGUGCAAUGCAGACUGCAAUACAGCGAUCAACAACAUAUGUCACGAAGACCUACACAACGCAAUGAACGAAACAGUCAACAGCUGUCAGGUCCUCUACUUGCCUGCCGUCUUCCCCUGGUGGCGCAAUGGUGCCCGCGGGAACGUGCCAGGGCCCACUGAAUGUAUCAACAAUCUCAAUAGCAUUUUGGCAAACUCUGGAAGGGAUGCGGGCACAACAAACACAGGAAUCGAUUCUUCUUACUGCACGGAGUUUGGUGGCGGCGGCACCUGGGGUUGGAACGAUGAUGGUACGCCUCUCUCUCAAAAAGCGCGCUAUGUGAUCACCACACCUUCCGUGGGAAAUCAAUGCGGACAAACCAAAGCGUUAUGGUGGCAGACAAACAAGGUAGUGGCAUGGGACUCCAGUGAGCUCUUCUUUCCCACAAUCAAAAAACACACCCCCUGGUUGUCCAGCAACCCAACCGUGCAACUCAUCGACGCCGGCCCACUAGCACUGCCCGCCACUGGUAACCCCACAGACAACCCUACGUGCAACACCGAGGUCUGCGACAUCUUCGUCAAGCCCGUGUAUGCGAUCUCGGGCGGAGUUUGGACCGAAAAAGGCAGCCCGGGCGACCGCCAUCGCAUCCAGUUCGAAGGCAUAGACGGCAAGCUGCUGCAAUCAACGCUGAACGACCGGUGCGGCCAGCAGAACAUCAACAACCUGCAGCUGUACGCAAACGCGAGCAAUACCGGGCAAUGGGUUAUUGACCUGAACUUGCCGGAUCGGUUGGCGUACGCCAAUGAGCCGGGAACAGGCAGUCCGUGCCCUUGCAUUGCAGAUGCUGUGUUUGAUGCGAGUGGGGGCGCAGUGGUCAGUCCAGUGAAUUUGUGGUGUGAUAGUACGAUAGUCUUUAAGAAUACGGCGGAGUUCCCGAUUGAGGGGCCGGGCUCGAAGUUGAGGCGACAAUCUGUUCGUCGGAAAAGGGAUUUACUGCAUUCAAGGUUCUUAUAA